CUCCAGUGGAUAAUACAUGAGUGACUGUGUCCUUGAUGAGUGUUCCCCACACCCUCCCGCCUGUGCCGUGUCCUGGUUGCGUGAAUUAUGUGCAAGUGGAGAGAGGGCAGGGGGCUGUUCCCACUACAGCCUCUGUCUCCCUGUGUCCUUCUGCGGAAAUGACACACACGGAGUCCCGUCACGUCACGCGAGAGCGCACGGACACGAAGCACACAAAGACACACCGGGGGGAGGCGGUGGGAAAAAAGACACGACACGGAGAGACCCCCAGUAUCGGGUCGCUGGAAGCGCGUCCGCUCAAAAACACUGCAGACACUGGAGUGCGGGACACGCACCAGAUUCACAGCCGCGCUCUCGAUGCAAAGUGGGUAGGAAAAUGAACUCUGUUGAAUUCCGACAGGAAGAUGAUACUGAAGUAAAAAUUGUGAAAGCGGAAACUUUGGGUGAAGAGGGUCGGCUGGGCUGUUCACGUGCCACAUCAGUGCGGAAGAUGGCUCCAGAAUGUUUGCUUAACUGUCAGUCCAAUAAACGGAAACAAGUUGCUCUCAUGUCUGAUGGUUUAAGCAAUGAAGCAGAAAUUAUAACUACUAUUAAAAAGAGAAGACUCAUCCCAGAGACCCUUCUUUCAUGUAUGAGAAACAGGGAUUCAGAAUCUUCUACACAUUCAAACUUUGAGUCAUUAACUACCAGUGUGGAGUACAAUGCUGCAUCUCCAGGUGAAGAAGAGGAAACAGUCAAUGAAUUUGCCACAUCUUAUAAGAAGCCUUUGUAUGGAAUUUCACAUAAGAUUACAGAGAAAAGAAAUCCUGUUACAUCUGAUCUAUUGCUAUCUUAUGACCUUUAUGACAAGACAAAUCAAGGCAGUCCUUCAACCACUCGCAUGUUUAAUGACUUUCGUAAACGAGAAACUGGCGGCACUUCAAUAGCUUCACCAGUUAGUGAUGACUCAAACAUAUAUUCUUUAAUACAAAAGAUGUUUUUCACACUCAAUACCCUUAAUUCCAAUAUGUCACAGCUCCACAGUAAAGUAGACCUAUUAUCACUUGAGGUAAGUAGAAUAAAGAAAAAAGUCAGCCCUCAUGACAUGGUGGCAGAAUUUCAUCCACCUCCUGAAUAUCAGCUUACUAGUGCGGAGCUUCAGCAGGUGAUGGAUCAAAGCACCUCGGCGGGUGACCUGGCAUGUCGUCUAGUGGUUCAACUUUUUCCAGAGCUUUUUGGAAGUAAUGCCUUAUCCAGAAACUGUAGUACUUGUGGCUUUCUCAAUAAGAAUAAACUGGAGUCCCUUCAUUUGCAACUUAUAAGGAACUAUGUAGAAGCAUGCCAUCCUUCUGUAAAAAAUAAUGCUGUCUGGCAGGUUGAUGUCUUACCUCAGAUAAAUGAUUUUUUCAAUCGCUUUUGGGCUGAGAGGGAAAUGGAGAGCAGCCAUCAUAGUAUACAGGCCUCCAGCUUUUUUGAGAGUCAGUCAUGUCAGAAUUCUCAUUUUGUUGAAACUAAAGAGCAGGUGGAAAAUAUAACUUUGGAAAGGGCCAAUGCCAUUGUCUCAGAAUAUGCUCUCAAUUCAGAAGACCUCAAUGAAUUUUUGGAGGAGGCUUCUUCUCCAGGGGAAUUUUCUGUGUUUUUACUUCACCGAUUGUUUCCUGAAAUUUUUAACCAAAGAAAGCUCAGUGACAGGUGUUUUGGGGAGCCUGAGAAUUUUGUUGUUGAUCCUCACCGAUUGCAACUGAUUCGACAGUAUACAGAGAUUUACUUUCCCGAUGUUCAAGAGGAAGAUAUUUGGCUGCAGCAGUGUGUGCAGAGGAUAAAUGAUGAGUUGGAAAGCGUGUUUAUGGAUGGUAGUGAAUGUGACGACAUAAGGGACGACUGUUACGAUUCUAACCUGCCUGAUGAUCUGUCACUUGUAAAGGUAGAAGAUGGCGCUGAUAUUGAUAAACCAGGAAGAAGGUCCAAAAAAAUAUGGCUUGUUCCAUUUGACUUUGAUAAUAUUGACAUUCCAGCACCGGACUUUGAGGUUCCUUUUCCACAGUUCCUGCUCAGUAAAGAGCAAAUUAAAAAUAUAUAUGAGACUAGUUUGUCUAUUGGCAAUUUUGCCUCACGGCUUCUGGUUCAUUUAUUCCCCGAGCUUUUCACACACGAGAACUUGAGAAAACAAUAUAACUGUAGUGGCUCACUAGGGAAGAAACAGCUUGAUCCUGUUCGGAUAAAACUUAUCCGACAUUAUGUGCAAAUGCUUUACCCCAGAGCAAGGAAUGACAGAGUUUGGACUCUGGAAUUUGUAGGGAAGCUGGACGAGAGAUGCCGUCGGAGGGAUACUGAGCAAAGGCGAUCCUAUCAGCAACAGAGGAAGGUAUAUGUGCCUAUGCCGGAGAGGAGAGACUUUGUGCCUUUUGAAUUGAACUCUGACAGGUACAGAGAUCUGAUUGAAGGACCACCUCUGCCUCCUGAGCGCAGUACAAAAGACUUUUGCAAAAUACCACUGGAUAAGAUUGUUGUUCCACCGCCUGACUUUCACGUGCCUUCAGUGUACCUUCUGAGCGAUAAAGAAGUAAGAGACAUUGUUCAACAGAGCCUUUCUGUUGGUAAUUUCGCUGCCAGACUAUUAGUAAGACUUUUCCCAGAGCUGUUUACUCCAGAAAAUCUUAGGCUACAGUACAACCAUUCAGGUGCAUGCAACAAGAAGCAAUUAGAUCCUGUAAGACUACGGCUAAUACGGCAUUAUGUGGAGGCAGUGUACCCUGUGGAUAAGAUGGAAGAAGUAUGGCAUUACGAAUGUAUUCCUAGCAUUGAUGAAAGGUGCAGGCGCCCAAACAGAAAAAAAUGUGAUAUACUCAAAAAAGCUACAAAAAAUCAAGUUAAUAUCUGCUGAAACUUGUUUAAUACCUGCUAACUUACUGUAGUAGUGUAUAAAUAGAUGUAUAGUGCUGCUUCUACUUGUCUUUUCCUGAAAGUAGUUUGCCAGAAUGUGAGACUGACUGCAUAUUUGCACUUCCUUUCAAAACCUUUUACUUUUUUGUUUCUGUAAUCUCAUACUGAGUUUUGUCCCAUUUUGUAUUUAUAUGGUCGUUUUAUGUAUUUUAAUCGGUUGUGCUCUGAACAUUUUGUUUUUCUAGAAGUAGUGGGGGUUUUUUUUUGUUUUUUUGCUGCUUGAGAUGUCUUGCAGGCCCAUAUAGAAAUGAUGGGUUACCUAGUAUUUUUGUACAGAGGUUGCGCUAACAUUUACUUUACAAACCCAAACUGCUCUAAAUGAGGAUGGUCUGCCAUUGGGGUGUAGUAUGGCUGACCGACGGUCAGCAUACCGACGCCAGGAUCCUGGCAGCAUACCGACGGGGGGGAGCGAGUGCAGCAAGCCCCUUACGGGCUCGGUAGCCACCUGCGGUUGCCACAGGUUCACCCACGAGUGGAAAUAGUCCCUGUUGGUUGGCAUGCCGACCGUCGGGAUAGUGAGGGGGCGGGAUGUUGAAGGAGGUCAUGUGAAUACCACCCCUGCCAUUGCCAGUGGCACAUCUAUAAUGGGUACAGGGUGUGUGCUCCAGGGGGUCUCACACUGCACACGUUUAAUAUCUCUCCGGAUUCCUUGUCAGUCGCGGCAAUACACAAAUCACCAGAAUAUGCAUCGGUGGCUAUUUGUCACCAAGAACAUGGUUCUUGCACACCCAGGGUCGUCCUAACAGCAUUGGAGUCCCUGGGCAAAGCAAUACACUGGGACCCCUAACCACCCAUAAACGGGAACCAUUUCUAAAAAAAAUCAUAAUAUGCCUCUUUUGCAGUCCUGCGCCGUCUGUCCACAUGCUUCCAUAUAUUGAAUGGCUGUCAGCACUCUGAUUUGUUGAUAGCUCCAGCCAUUCACCAAUCAGCAUGCUGUUAAACAUUCACUGUCUGGCUGCAGGCUGGGAGGCAAGUAUUUUGGGGUAUUAUGUAGCAGCUGAGUGUGAUUAUACAUUAAUAUGGACAUACCUGCACCAUGGGGGUCAUUCCGAGUUGUUCGCUCGUUAUUUAUUUUUUUCGCAACGGAGCGAUUAGUCGCUAAUGCGCAUGCGCAAUGUCCGCAGUGCGACUGCGCCAAGUAAAUUUGCUAUGCAGUUAGGUAUUUUACUCAUGGCAUUACGAGGUUUUUUCUUCGUUCUGGUGAUCGUAAUGUGAUUGACAGGAAGUGGGUGUUUCUGGGCGGAAACUGGCCGUUUUAUGGGUGUGUGUGAAAAAACGCUACCGUUUCUGGGAAAAACACGGGAGUGGCUGGAGAAACGGAGGAGUGUCUGGGCGAACGCUGGGUGUGUUUGUGACGUCAAACCAGGAACGACAAGCACUGAACUUAUCGCACUGGCAGAGUAAGUCUCGAGCCACUCAGAAACUGCACAGAGAAGUCUUUUCGCAAUAUUGCGAAUCUUUCGUUCGCUAUUUUGAUAAGCUAAGAUUCACUCCCAGUAGGCGGCGGCUUAGCGUGUGCAAAGCUGCUAAAAGCAGCUUGCGAGCGAACAACUCGGAAUGACCCCCCAUGUUCCUGGAGACCUGCGCAUGCGCAGUAGACUGGCACAUUGUCAGAGUCUACUCACCUGCAUCGGUUGCUAAAGAGGAGGGGACCCAUAUGGAGACUGCACACGGGCCCCCUACUUUCUUAAACACUGGUCAUGGCAUAGAUGCUGUUGAGAGACCUUUGUCCCUUAGGAAGUGUCUAACAACAAUUUGCAAUAUAUCCACCCUUUUGGUGAUUUUUAUGCUAGAAAUGAUAUAUUUUAUUUAAAAUAAGCACACACAAUAUGUUGAACUUCGCAAGUGGAAUAAAACGUAAAAAAGCCCAUCUACAGUAGUCUAUAUUUUAAGAAAUUGCAUAAAAUCCAUUCCUAAGGCCCUACGUUUUCAUUUGUUUUUGACUUGUGUAUUUUUCCAUGAAAAAUCUAGCUCAGGUCAUUAAAGUAGAUUUUCUUGUCAUGUGAAAGAUGCCUUAUUCUUGUGUAGGAGUGGGCGCUGAUAUUUAACAAGGUCACAACUGGGCCCCAUACUGUAGUAGUCUUAUUCUGUGUGCAGUGAACGGACUAUCUCAUUAGCAGCCUGCCAGCUAAGUCAGUAUACCGGCAGCAGCAGGGAGCUGGUGACGUGGGCCUCCUGAUCUGAUGGAAUUACUGUAACUUGCUUUUCACCAAUAUAGGAAUAGUUAUUGUUGGGUGGCCUCUAAUAUGAUUUGUUUAUAUGAAUGCCAUUUGUUAAUGUGAUACAUUUGUGUAUGCCCAUCACCAAUAUGACAAAGGCAAAGGCUACCUCUUAAUUGAUAGUUUGGUUCUUAUGCAAAUACUGGCAAUUUCACUCGUACAGUACUUCCAGUACUAAGACGUUUGGUCAUGACUUACCUUUCACAUGAAUAUUAUCCUGGCAUGACAAGCAUUUUAUUAUGCCGCCAUGAUAAGUAUUCUAUUUAAAUGCAAAGCAUACGCACAUACAUUACUUCAGCAUGUUGUUUAGAUUUAUAUAUUUUAGAUGGACUAUAAAUAAUGAUAAGUAAACAUCCAUCCAGUGCACCAAAAACCUUACAUUUUAUUACCUCUCUUGUAAUCUCCAUUAUUUCAUUAUUUGUCUUCUGGGCAAUGUGUGUGUCUAAUAUCAACAUCAGAAGAGUAGUAAAACAUUACAAAUAAUUGUGCUGGCUAAAUUUGACAAAUAUGUCUGAUAUUGCCAGAGAAUAGACUUACAAACAGGGCUGCCACCAGAAAAUGUGGGGCCUGGGACUGACAAAAUAGGCAGCCCCCCCAAAUUAAAUAAAAAAACAAAAGAUAUAUAUGUAUAUAAAUAAAUAUAUAUAUAAAAAAAAAAAAUCCUGUGCACAUACUGAGCAACAACAUAUUAAUGACGCUUAUACACAUAAUGCUCCCAGUAGCGGUGCUACUUAUACACAUAAUGCCCCCCAGUAGGGGUGCCGCUUAUACAUGCCUCCAGUAGUAGCGCCACUUACACAUAAUGACUGCACACACAAAGAUACACACAUACAUAUAUAUAUAUAUAUAUAUAUACACACACACACACUUCCUCUUACUCUCCCUCAACUUACCUAUCACAGGCUGGCAAGAGCUGUUGCAGAUCAUUCUCCUAUGGUAGCAGCCUGGUCCCGUGUAGCUCUGCCCCCUUCAUUCCGUGUAGCCCCGCCCCCUUUUCAUGCCGGAGUUCUGACACUGUCACAGGAGGGGGAGAGGACGCUGCAAGCUUCAAUUGAAAAUGUCCCUCCCAAAUGGCCGCCGCCUCAAAAUAGACGGUUAUUAAUGAUACUAGAGAAGCCUCCUCUAGUAUUUUUAAGAACUGUCUCCUCUGAGGCGGUGGCCAUUUUGGGAGGGACUUUACAAUUGAAGCUUGCAGCGUCCUCUCCCCCUUUCUGUUAAAGUGUCAGAACUUGGGCAUGAAAAGGGGGCGGAGCAGAGCGUCGGCCAGACGGCGGCAUGAGCAACCCUGGACAGCUAUACCCGCAGCACUCCCUGAAGGAGGCCCUGCCUACAAGUAUUUUACAGGGCAGAUAUUCACUUUAUGAAAUUUAGUCAAAGUACUGCACAAAAUUUCCAGUGUCUGCUAUAGAAGACAAUUAUUGCAGUGCAUACUGCUGGCUGAAAUGCACUUCUCUUUCUCAUCUAGCCAGUGUUAAUUUUCAGAUGAAGUUGGCAGAGAUAAUUCAUAACUAUGGGGUCUAUUUACUAAAUCUUGGAGAGAAAAACGUACCAGCCAACCAGCUCCUGUCAUUUUUAUGUUGCUUGUAACAUGGCAGUUAGGAGCUGAUAGGCUGGAAUAGAUGUAUCCUCAUACAUCAUUGCUGCAGUUGCUCAAACAGCCCCUCUUGACGCAACAGGUUGCAUGAGACUCUGCUAGCAUUGGGCGUCUCUUUUGCCGAAAAUGAAUCUUAGUAGCAACACACCAGGAGAUUGCCCUGAUAAAUUUCAUAUGUGACAUUUGUAUAUCUGUGUGCGACUGAGGACCUAAUUCUGAGUUGAUCGCAGCAGCA